CAGAAGGUUAUUGUGUUGACAUCUUUGACAUUUUCGCAGUGUUAUUUACAUUAUUACUUUUAAUAAAUUCUCUCCAUAUUAAAUUUUUAUUUGAACAAUGGUUAUUUCCUUGGACGAUCGUAUGUGAACUAUUUCAAAAUUUUUUACAAAAUCCCAUACAUUUGAGGCAUAAUGGCAGGAAUAAAAGGUUAAUAACUUUGGCCUUUUCUGGUUCCAUUGGAAUGACAUUAGUGAUCCUGGCAUGUGCUUUGCCAAACUACGGACUGUGGUGGCCUUUUUUCGUAGUACUAUUUUAUGUCCUAGCGCCUAUUCCAACUCUAAUGGCCCGGCGCUACUCUGACCACUCUGGGGGCAGUAACUCUUGCAUGGAAACUUGUAUAUUCAUCACGAUGGGCCUAAUAGUGAGUUCGUUUGGUCUUCCAAUCGUAUUGACUAGAGUUGGCACCAUUGCGGAGGGGGCGUGCUACCUCACAGUAGCGGGCAAUGUCGUCGUGUUCGCGACACUGUUAGGAUUCUUCCUGACAUUUGAUCAGGAUGAAUCGGACUAUAAUAUGUGGUAGUUUAUAUGUUUGACGAUAAUAAAUAUACAUAACUCUGUA